CUCUGGGGGGCAUUUAAUUGGUGACCUUUAGGCACGAUACAAAUAUAAAACCCAUACACGCUUGGGUAAUUGUGUUCACUCGAAUCCCAAAGGUUACAAGUGUAUUGCACCCUUAUAUGGACGUAGAUUGGGGUUUUUCAAUAUUUAAGGUUUUUAUUUUCAGAUACAAGUCGAAAGAUUGCUAGUAAUCAUCGAUGGCUAGAAACAUUCGAAUUUCUAAAUAAUUGACGAUAUUUUAUUUUUCCAUACUUAGAUUUGUUGUUCCAUACAAAUUAUUUUUAAAAAAAGUACUAAACUACUGUGGGCGAGCACAAAGCGUCGUUGUGUGCGUGAUGCCGUCAUAGCGUUACGCAUGACGUCAGUGGACCAGGCAGCGCGCAGUGUCGCUGUGAAGAUGGCGGACUCGCAGUCGACGGGUCUGGCGGACGAUCCCGAAAACGAGGACAGGGAGAGCGCCGGGAGAACGUUGAGGACUAGUAGGGCCAAGUGGAAGGACGGGGGCACGGAUGGCUUGCGGUUUACUGACAAAAAUGUCACCGGGAAGGAAAAGAAACUCAAUCUGUCAGAUCUGUCCCUGUUCAGGUUUGUAACCACUGAGCUCACCAGAGGCUACUUCCUGGAGCACAACGAGGCCAAGUACACUGAGCGCAGGGAGAAGGUCUACACCUGUCUCCGCAUCCCCAAGGAGCUGGAGAAGUUGAUGACAUUUGGCUUCUUCCUCUGCCUGGAUGCCUUUCUCUACAUCUUCACGCUGUUGCCCCUCAGGGUGCUGCUGGCUCUCCUGCAGCUUCUCACACUGCCGUGCUGUGGUCUUGGCGGUGGACGCCUCCUCCAGCCGGCCCAGGUGUGCGAUGUCCUGAAAGGCUUCAUCAUGGUGCUGUGUUACUCCAUGAUGAGCUACGUCGACUACGCCAUGAUGUACCACCUCAUUCGAGGCCAGUCUGUCAUCAAGCUCUACAUCAUCUACAACAUGCUGGAGGUGGCCGACCGCCUCUUCUCGUCAUUCGGCCAGGACAUUCUGGAUGCGCUGUACUGGACGGCCACGGAGCCCAAGGAGAAGAAGCGGGCGCAUAUAGGCGUCAUCCCGCACUUCCUCAUGGCUGUGCUCUACGUCUUUCUGCACGCAAUCCUCAUUAUGGUCCAGGCUACGACGCUCAACGUCGCCUUCAACUCCCAUAACAAAUCGCUCCUGACCAUCAUGAUGUCCAAUAAUUUUGUGGAAAUCAAAGGAAGCGUUUUCAAGAAAUUCGAGAAGAACAACCUGUUCCAGAUGUCAAACAGCGACAUAAAAGAGAGGUUCACCAACUACAUCCUCCUACUCAUCGUCUGUCUGAGGAACAUGGAGCAGUUCUCCUGGAAUCCCGAUCACCUGUGGGUGCUGUUUCCCGACGUGGCCAUGGUGAUUGCCUCCGAGAUGGCGGUGGACGUGGUCAAGCACGCCUUCAUCACCAAAUUCAACGACAUCAGCGCCGACGUUUACGGGGAGUACCGAGCCAGUCUCGCCUUCGACCUGGUCAGCAGUCGACAGAAAAACGCUUAUACAGACUACAGUGAUUCUGUGUCCAGGAGAAUGGGCUUCAUUCCGCUUCCUCUAGCACUUCUGCUGAUCCGCGUGGUCAGCAGCUCAGUGAAGAUCCAGGGCUCGCUCUCCUUCAUGUGUGUGCUGCUUUUCUAUUUUGGGCUGAUCACUCUGAAGGUGCUCAACAGCAUCGUCCUGCUGGGGACGUCGUGCGCCUUCGUCAAAGACGCAAAUAUGGAGGAGAAACUUUUCGAACCGCCGCCAUCGGCCGUCUCCAGCCGCGUCAACUCGCGGGCUCACCGCGCCAAGCCACCUCCCACUGCCUCGGCGCAGCAAGAACCGACGACGGACAAAUCCGGAAUACCCCUGGCGUCAGUCAGCCCGCAGCCGGCCUACGUGGCAGAGAGCACCGCCCUCCCCGCUGCCGCCAUCCCCAAGAGCGACUCCGACGUCUUCCUCACCACCCCCGACGAGGAGGACGACCUCAUCAAGAUCAUCAACACGGACACGGGCCUGGACGAGGAGGUGUUGGCUCCUCGGACCCCCAAGAAAGACUUACUGGAAAUCGAUCGCUUCACCAUCUGCGGCAACCGCAUCGACUGAACUCCGGAACGGAGGCGGCGACCGAUCAGUAUUUAUUAAUUUAUUACAGACACAAACCAGCAGAGGCUUUAAGCUGUUAUCACCUGCCUGCCGGCCCGGCGCAAGGUGCCCACCGGGGCUCGCCGGACCCGCUGCCGGUUGCUGCGCGACCUGCUUAAGACAGCGUAGAGACAGAAGUCCCGGAAUCCAGAGAUGUGAAUUUGUUGCUGUCAAGGUUACAGCUGCACUGUGUGUGUUU